AUGGGUUUGCCUUGGUAUCGUGUUCAUACCGUCGUAUUGAAUGAUCCCGGUCGUUUGCUGUCUGUUCAUAUAAUGCAUACAGCUUUGGUUGCUGGUUGGGCCGGUUCGAUGGCUCUAUAUGAAUUAGCGGUUUUUGAUCCUUCUGACCCCGUUCUUGAUCCAAUGUGGAGACAAGGUAUGUUUGUUAUACCUUUCAUGACUCGUUUAGGAAUAACCAAUUCAUGGGGUGGUUGGAAUAUUACCGGAGGAACUAUAACGAAUCCGGGUAUUUGGAGUUAUGAAGGUGUGGCUGGGGCGCAUAUUGUGUUUUCCGGCUUGUGCUUCUUGGCAGCUAUAUGGCAUUGGGUGUAUUGGGAUCUAGAAAUAUUUUGCGAUGAACGUACAGGAAAGCCCUCUUUGGAUUUGCCUAAGAUUUUUGGAAUUCAUUUAUUUCUUUCAGGGGUGGCUUGUUUUGGGUUUGGUGCUUUUCAUGUAACUGGCUUAUUUGGUCCUGGAAUAUGGGUGUCCGAUCCUUAUGGACUAACUGGAAAGGUACAAGCUGUAAAUCCAGCGUGGGGUGUGGAAGGUUUUGAUCCUUUUGUUCCGGGAGGAAUAGCUUCUCAUCAUAUUGCAGCAGGAACAUUGGGCAUAUUGGCGGGCCUAUUCCAUCUUAGUGUCCGUCCGCCUCAACGUCUAUACAAAGGAUUACGUAUGGGAAAUAUUGAAACUGUCCUUUCCAGUAGUAUUGCUGCUGUCUUUUUUGCAGCUUUUGUUGUUGCUGGAACUAUGUGGUAUGGUUCAGCAACUACGCCGAUUGAACUAUUUGGUCCCACUCGUUAUCAAUGGGAUCAAGGAUAUUUCCAGCAAGAAAUAUAUAGAAGAGUGGGUGCCGGAUUAGCUGAAAAUCAAAGUUUAUCUGAAGCUUGGUCUAAAAUUCCUGAAAAAUUGGCUUUUUAUGAUUAUAUCGGAAAUAAUCCGGCAAAAGGUGGAUUGUUCCGAGCAGGCUCAAUGGACAAUGGGGACGGAAUAGCAGUUGGGUGGUUAGGACAUCCUAUCUUUAGAGAUAAAGAAGGACGGGAACUUUUUGUACGCCGUAUGCCUACUUUUUUUGAAACAUUUCCAGUUGUUUUGGUAGACGGAGACGGAAUUGUUAGAGCGGAUGUUCCUUUUCGAAGAGCCGAAUCAAAGUAUAGUGUUGAACAAGUAGGGGUAACGGUUGAGUUUUAUGGUGGCGAACUAAAUGGAGUCAGUUAUAGUGAUCCUACUGCUGUGAAAAAAUAUGCUAGACGCGCUCAAUUGGGUGAAAUUUUUGAAUUAGAUCGUGCUACUUUGAAAUCAGACGGUGUUUUUCGUAGUAGUCCAAGGGGUUGGUUUACUUUUGGACAUGCUUCGUUUGCUCUGCUUUUCUUCUUCGGACACAUUUGGCAUGGUGCUAGGACCUUGUUCAGAGACGUUUUUGCUGGUAUUGAUCCAGAUUUAGAUGCUCAAGUGGAAUUUGGAGCAUUUCAAAAACUAGGAGAUCCAACUACAAAAAGACAAGUAGUUUGA